CAAUGUAUUUAAAUGCAAAAUAGUUGUACGUUUACACUUGCUGGUUUCUUUUUAAAUGUAAACUACUAUUGGCCAUGACUAAAGUCUGGAAACUUUUAUAUAGAUUUGUCUGUGCUAUUUAUAAUCCCGCCAAGUGUCGUUUCUGUUUGACUGUCUCAGUAAGAGAAAAUGCUACUUCUGAAAAGUAUAUGGUGCUCGUAGAUACACAGAUAGCCAAUAAUAGGCAUUCUAUAAAAUUAAAUAAUUGAACAAAUCUUUAUUAAGUAACAUGUUUUAAGAGCAUAAACAGAGAAAUAUAUAAAACAUGAUUAAAAUAGAUUCUAUAAAAAUGAUUUUGUAGAUUUUAUGGCAUCAGAAACAAUCUAUUAAUACACUAUAGAAUAUCCCUACAAUGAAAAUAAAUAUAAUGAAAUGGUGGAUAUCCAUAGUUGUAGGGGGGUUAUUUAAGACCACAUAUAUUCUAUGUGCAGUAAUGCCGCAAGGAAGCUUACUUAACACCACAACCCAGAUAGAUUUUAGUAAUCUACAUAUUUUAAAUAAUUCUUUACUUAAUUCGGAAAGUGCCAAUAAAGAAGAAAGAAUAGAAAGUACAAGCAAAUCUCUUUUAGGAGCAAUUAAGAAAGCUUCUAGUAAAUAUGGGGUAGAACCCUCAGCAAAGGGCGAUGCAAGAAAGAAAAGAGCCCUACAAAGCAGAAGAGGCCCUACAAAUACAUACUUUAUUAAGCAUACCGAUGAUAUAAAGAGAAUUAUAUCAAACAUGAAUAAAGUAUUUCCUAAUGGUAGCAGGCAGCAGUCUAUUCUCUAUCAGAAAAUACAUACAUGGGCCGAAAAACAUAUAGAAAAGAUACAAAGUUCUAUACAAACAGUCAAUAAUAAGCAUAAAAGAAUGAUCGGUGCUAUAAACUCUAGAGAUGCACUUGACGCCUCGACUUUUGAGUGGCCAUACUUUAUUAAUAAUGAACUAACAAUAGAAAACUUAGACUACUUGGCUGAGGUUUCUUCUAUAGAAAACUCACAGCAUAUAGAGGAGCUAUGCAAACAGCAAUCAUCCAAUGCCCUCUUUUCAGAGCUAAAUUUACUAGAUGGCUUUAUUAUGCACGAGACAGUUUUAAACCUGUAUAAAGUAAAAUCUGUAAUUCGAAUGAUAAAUAAAAAAACAAAACUCGACCAGAAAAACAACGAACAUACACAGAACAUAGACCACUUUUAUACAGAGCUAAAAAACAAACUAGCGGAAAACAAGCAGUUGCUAGAAACAGAAAUUUCUACAUGGCCAAAUAGUGAAUGGAGUUCUUCAGUGAAAAAUUAUCUUACUAAUAAUCAAGCUUACAUAGCAAACUUUAAAAAAAAUCUUUCCCUACAAUAUAUUGAAUCUUUGAAUAACUUUAGGGGAGUGCUUAGCGCACAGAUGCAGAUGUUGCCCAAAAGAACAUAUACCCGUAAAGAUAUAGCGAAAAAGCAAAAUAUAUUAAACCCGAUUGUAGUUUACUACCAAUUGCAUGAAAUACUUCUUAACUAUGACUUAAAUGAAGCCAAGCGUGUAAAGGAACAAAUUGAAACAAACUUAUUACAGAAAAAACUAGAAAAAGAUGAAAAUCAGCAAAAUCCAUCCAUACCAUCAGAAACUGCCAGAGCCACUCCGCAUUUGUUUGCUGAUGUAAUGGCAAAUUAUGAUCUUAGUACAGAAGAACUAGGCAGGCAGUCUUUAAAAAGACCAGAAAAUCUGCAAUAUAACCCAAAAACGCCAGCUGCCGGUUCUGUAUAUUUCCCAGCAGCGCGUAGUUUCACAUCUACCACACGUAAGCCAGCAACAACUACAUCUAGUAUAAUUGACCAAGAGGUUUCCAAUUUGAGAAGUAGAUUCUGGGAGCUAAUUCAAAAAGAAAAAACUACUCCAUAUGCAGCUUCAAAGGUUUUGGAUAAAGCGGUUCGUGAAUUCAGCAAGAGCUGGAAUAUAACAGAUUCACAGUGUAACCGCACAGAUUACAUUAUGUGCAUUCAAGAUGCGCUUAAUCUAAAAACAACCGCUACUGCAGAAGAAAUGUAUAGCGGCAUACUCAAAUGGGAGAAUUUACUAGUUAGUCAGAGAGAAAAUCAGACGGCAAUAACAAAUGAGCGCACAGAGACAAUAGAACAGUUGGAUGGAUUUGUGUCUUACAUAAAAACCCAAGUAUCCAAUAGUAAUAAGACUAUGGCUGAUGCACUAGAAAAGAAUCAAAAAAUAACUAAUAAGAAAAAAGAUCUUAAUAAAAGAAAAGCAGAUGUAAUUAAAAAGCUUGAAGAGUUAAAGGCAGAACACAAGAAAAGGGAAAAGGCUCUGAGUGAUCUAGACAAAGAGGCAAAAACCCAAAAAGAGCAGACUGACUUGAUAAAAGAAAAAGGGAUUCUAGCACAGAAACUAGCUGCACAAAAGAAGAGUUUUGCUGCUGAAGAGAGUGAGAAAAAGGAAAUAGAAAAAAUUGAGGCAAUUGUAGAGGGAACAUCCAAUCUAGUCGAUAUUUUAUUGAAUGAUAAUUCUAAAGGAAAAGUCGCAAAAGGCAAAAGUACCAUUCAUGAUAAAAAUAAAGAAUUUAUAAAAUCGCUGUGGGACUGGGCAGGGCUUCCCAAGAGCACACUUGAUUUAGACAUUGUUUCUAAGAUGGAAGCCCAGGAAGCAAGCCACAAAAGUACUGUUUCUAAUUUGCAAAAUAAAAUAGCUGCAUGUAAUAAGGCGGCUGAGCUAGAAAAAACACAAUUAGAAAACAUUAAUAAAAACAUCACUGCACAGAGUGCUGCCUUAGCAGAAAAAGAAAAAUAA